CAACGAAUGAGACAGAACUUUUCCUUUUUUGGAGGGUCCAGUUUGUGCCUCGAUGUCAGGAUUCUGUGUCUCACGAUAGACCUUCACCUCAUAUAAUCAAGAUCCAGUCUGGUGGGUAUAAAGAUAGCAACAUGAAUUGGCUACGGAGGAACCUGACUGUUGAGCCAGUCUUAUUUUUCUAUAUGCUUGGAUCCUUCCUGCAGUACCUUGCCUUGCAACAGCUCCUCCUGGAGAAGGUGUGCUUUCAAGAAGUCAAUGACACUGUCAUUUGUGCCAAUUUAUCUGCAUACAAAGAUGAAGAGGAGACUGUUCAAAAAAGGACUUCAUACUGGCUGAUAGUGCUGAACUUGGCUCUGACUGUGCCAUCAGUGAUAUCUACUCUAGUACUUGGGGCCUGGACAGACAGAGUUGGAAGAAGAGUAGCCAUGGUGUUGCCUUCUUUAGGAGCAGUUAUAAAUGGUGUAUGCUUGAUUUUCAGUGCCAUCUAUCUGGAGCUUUCAGUAGGAAUCAUGAUCUUAGGGUCAGUGAUAAUGGGUGUACUUGGAGCAUAUGGAACAAUACUAGCAGCAGUGUUUAGUUACCUGGGCGAUAUCACCAAAGAAAGGACACGCACAAGAAGGUUUGGAUUCCUUGAGGCGAUGACAUUUACAGGAAGCUUUGUGGGGUUGCUGACAUGUGGUAUAGUCAUUGACAACCUUGGCUAUGUUGCAGCGUUCAUCUACUACAUCUGCUGUAAUACUGUUGUUGUCCUCUAUACCUUGUUAUGGUUAAGAGAAUCUAGCAGUUAUGCUGUAAGUCAAGGUUUAUAUACCUCCAAACCAACCAACGAUGCACUCCAGUCAGGGGAAACAGACCCUGGUGGAACUAAUGAAGUUUUUCCCAAGCUCGAUGAGGAAAGGGGAUGGUCCUGCAAAAUAUCAUGUCUACAAUUAUGUCAGUUACAAAGUUUAGGGAAAUCAUUUAUAACUGUGGGUAGAGAGAGACCCAAUAAACAAAGAGUACAACUCAUUCUACUGCUGAUCUGCCUCUUUACUUUCCAGCUUGUUGGUACUGGUGAAAAUGAUACUACAGUCCUGUACCUUAAGAAAGCUCCGCUAUCAUUUACAUCUUCCCAAAUCUCGUACUACUCUGGUUCUAAGAGUGGUCUUCAGAGCUUGAUGCUGUUUACAUUGAUGCCUCUUCUUCAUCUAUGUGGUGUCCAUGAUUGCUUUAUAGCAUUAGGUGGUCUAUGCUUCAGAAUGAGUGGUUAUGUAGUCUUUGGUUUAGCAAGGACACUAUGGCAAGUAUUCACAGUUCCAUUUUUGUUAUCCCCAGCUGGUUUGCCUGCUGCUACUACUCGUGCUAUGAUGUCAAAGAUAGUAGUCUCAUCUGAACAAGGAAGCUUGUUUGCCCUGACUGCAUCCCUUGAAAUGAUCACUGGUCUGCUAGCAUCACUUAUAUUUAAUGCUCUAUACCCAGCUACUAUAGACAUUAUUGGAGGUGGAUUAGUCUUUAUUCUCAUGGCAGCUAUUCUUAUACUUCCAGCUUUGCUGCUUAUAGUGAUAUGGCGCAUUCAAAAGCUGACUAUAGCGUAUGUUGAAUACAAUGAAGGUAACGCUACCAACAUCUAUGGAGAUACAUAAUGCAACCCUUAUUAUCAAACCCAUAAUACAUGAUAAUUUCUUGUGGACGACCCAGUAGACAUCCAACCAGGACAGCUUAGACUCAGUGAAACAGACUGUUGACAGUCAGAGAGAAGUGCUUGUUGAUAUCACCAAAGACCUCUGACAGGAGGGUCUACCCAGUACUGGUAGCCAUUGGAUGAAAAUUCUCUGAAUGAUUGACAUGAAUUACAUGAAAUAUGAACCUUCUGAAGUUUGGACCGGCAGGGUAGUAGAUUGAAAAUCACCAGGGUGUUUGCUUAUAAUCUCCAUUUUAAUUUUUUGUUUGAGGAAGGGAUGUGGGCAGUAGAUUCUAUCCCUCCAUUUGACAUAGGAAUAACAGUGCCAUGGAAUACAUGUAUGUUGUAUUCACAUUUCUUGUUCUCUUUAUUUCAAAGAUGAAUACCAAAGAAUAAUGAAAUUUUACUGAUUUACAACUUUUAGAAAGGGUUUCUUUCCCUUGUGUUUUCUAUCAUAAAUGUUUUAAACUACAGUAGUAUACAUUGUUUGUCAUAUUAUGAAGGAGAAAGGAAGAGUUGGCUAUGUCGGUUUUGUCUUCUUUUUUUUUAGAUAAAGAGAGAGUGCUAUCACAGUAUCCUGACAUCUUCAUAUCCCUGAAAGUGUCUUUAAAAGGUAACACUAAUGAAUGACAUACUGCUCUCAUCUUUCAUUUAUUUAAUUCACUCAUAUGGUAAUACUUUAUAAUGAUUGAGUAAAAAAACAGCAUACAAAACAUUCAUUUGGCAGACCCAGACAGUAACUGAAUUUUAAAAAAUGGGAGAGAUUUUCUAAACAAUUCUGAAUCAAUUUUGACUAUAAAUAUUCAAGAUUGAAUAAUUUGUUCCAUGUCCCAUUCAUUUUAAAACUUCAUCUUCUCAUUUUGAACAAAUUUAGUUCAACAAAACAAAUUGAUUUGGUUUAUUUCCAAUUGGGCUAAUGCCAAUUCGUCCAAUUGCCAACUCGUCACGUUCAUUUGGUCUACCAUCAGCUCGUCCACUAUCCACAUGGUCUUAUUGCCAAUUCGCCCAUUCACCAUUUCGUCUAAUAACCAGUUGGUCCAAUCCAUUCAGUCCAUAUACCAUUUGGUCUAAUUGGACUAAGUGUUAAUUGUGCAAAAUGAAUAAAAAUGAAAUAGAUAUUAGACCAACUGGUUAUGAGACGAAAAUAGUCAUAGAUGAAAUGGUGAUUAGACGAAGUGAUGAUUGGACCAAAUGGCUAUUGGACCUAAUGGUUUUGAGAAGAAAUGUUGAUGGACAGAAUGGCAUAAGACAUGAAAGUAGACCAUGUGGUCAGUGGACGAGUUGGCAGUAGACGAAUAGGCAUUUUACCAUUGACUACACCUUGUAUUCUUGUGGAUUCAUAACCUUUGAACUAAUGAUAUUCUGCUUUUGUGUAGCAUUUAAUAACAUCAGAACAAUAAGCAUAUUUACAGGUUAUGAGAGUAAUAUUUGAUUGGUACAUUAUGCAGGGGUGUGAGAGUUCAGAUUUUUAUCCAAUUUCAGAUUUUUUGGGUUUUUAUUUUCAGCUUAAUUUCAGCUUAUUUUGGCUUUCCUCUGUACAUAAUGUAUGGGAGCUCUUUCUAUUUCAGACUUAUUCAGCACUCUUCAGCUUUUUCCAGAUCUUUUUAUUUGUGACUACUCACACCCCUGAUUAUGUUCAUCAAACACUCAAAUGUUUGUUCAAGGAGGGAGACCUUUCUUUAACAUCAUCAAGAACGCAUUUCUUUUUGUCAUUCUGGUUUUCAUUGAAUUUUAGAGUUGGUACAGGAUUUCUCUGUUACAGACUAAUUAGUGAAAAAUCCAUACACAUUGCAUUGUAAUUGUAUAUUUACAUAGACUGUAGGUAAUUCUGAAAUAUUUUAUGUGCAUGUUGGUCUUUUGAAGUGUAUCAGGAGUUUGUUUUCACACUGCCCACAAUUUCUUGUAAUUUGAAGUAGCAUGCAAGUGGAGUGGAAUUCACUAUCUUGACCUGUAUAUCUUGAAAAAAAAAGCUAUUUUGAUGAGUUUUAUAUCAAAUGUCACAGCUUUGUUGACAGUCAUUUUAUUUCAACGAUAAUAAUAAAUAAAAGUUGCAUUAUAUUAACAUUUCAAUGCGCUUUCAAUGAUUCAUUCUGAAGUAUAUAGAGUUUAACCUGAAUGUGCCCAAGCAGUAGCGAGUCCUGCAAAUCUUCUGAAACUUUCCGACGUGAUCUUGGAAAUAUUGUUAAAAAACUACUGUAGAUUGUUCAGAAAAAGCAGCCACAAUGUGACAAGCAUGGGACUGUACUAAGUUUGCAAAGUACUUUAUAAAAAUAACAAAAACAUCAUUAUCAUAAAUGGGUUGAAAUGAUGAUAAUGUUACCAUUUUCAUUUUCAUAUCUAGUCAUUCUAUACAGGUGCAUGAUCAUGUACUCACUAACCACUCAUAUGAGCCUAUUAAAAGGUAUGAAUUAAACAUGUGUAAACAGAACUAUUUUUUCAUGAAAAGAUAAUAUAUCUUUCUCAAUUAGGGGAAAGCACAAAAAGUAGCGUAAUAACAUGUAUAUGCAUGGAUACUUAUUCACACAAAUUUUAUCUAAUAAAGUAUAUAUUUCAUUCUCUUUCAAAAGAGAAAGAAGACAUCUUAAAGAAGUUGUUUCAGAGUUUGGGAAAUUUGGUAAAAUCAGAGUUUUGAUUGAUAGAUAUGAUUUACUGGCGAUUUGAAAUGUACUCUUGUUUACUCAUGAAACUGAAUUAUGAUUAGUGAUACGAAAGCGAGCUUGAAUGUUGUAUACAAUAUAAAAUUCUAUGAAAUGUUAAAAUGUGAAAACUAAUAUAAUUAUUUUGAUUACUGCCUUUUUGCAUUGAAAAUAAAAUUGAAAUAUAUUCACUUUAAA